CGUCAGUCUUCUUUUGUUGUUCGCCGGUGCAAGUUGUGUGCUGUUUGACUUUCUUCUGAGACAUUUUCCAAUUUUGAGUGUUUUGAGUCACAUUUAGAGCCCGGAUUGUCCAGCCUGUGCCUCAGGAUGAUGCCCUAGAGUGGAUUUAGUGGAAAAAGUGGUGCAAUUUAUGUGAAAAAUGUGGGAAUUUGGAGGCAACAGCGGAGCGGCAUUUUUGUUUAUAGUCGCAAAUUUGUCGGCGUUUCUUUUAGUUCCAGGAGUUGCCAGUGGUACUGAAUCGAGAUUUACAGAAUUACCAGAGAGUCUCGUAAUUCCCGAAGGUCUUAGAGCUGUAUUUAGGUGCCGAGCCUCCACAGUGGACAGUAUAAGUUAUUAUUGGACACACAAUGGACUUCCGGUGGAAAAUGCCACUUGGUUAACUGAGAAUGAUGGAAUUUUAUCCAUCAAAGCUGUGAAUCAUGUUAGAGAUUCUGGUGAUUAUGUGUGUAUUGUGCAGAAUCUUUUAACUGGUGCCAGAGAAGCAACACCACCAGCAACAUUGGAUAUUGUCUGGAUUCAUUCUGCUGCUGUUCAAUUGGCCUCACCAGCCAUUCAGGAGGGUGAUGAUGUGACACUGAAGUGCAUUAUUGUGGGCAGUGGGGCUGAACACGUGCGUAUUGAGUGGUUUAGGAAUGGUGUGAAAUUGACAAAAGAACCACAAAAAUAUGAUUUUACGAGGAGAAAACUUCACAUUCGUCGCGUGACGAAGGAGGACAAUGGAAUUUAUAGAUGUGCUGGUCACAAUGAGGCAGGAAGUGUCUUUAGCCGGAGGAAUUUUAUCUUGAGAAUUCCGGCAAAGCGAUCAAGGGUGCCAUGUCAUGGGCAGAAUCUCGUGGUGAUUCGGAAUCUCCAGAAGGGUGAUGAAGAGGUGAAUUUGUGUAGGGAAAAGAGAAAAAAUAGGGAUUUGGACUUGAAUGUGGGUGAGACGAUGAAGCAGGAACAGGCUUCGGUGGUGAUUGACGAAGGGAAGCCAAUUCGUUUGGCUUGUGCAUUUACUGAUCAUGGAAUUCCUCUGUCCAUAAGAUGGCGCAAAGAUGGCAAACCCUUUAGAUCCCUGGAUAUCAAUACAGUUGAUGAACUCCCAAUGGGAGAUUCAACAGAACUCAGUGGGGAUGUUUCAAUUGUCCGGGAAGAUCCCAGAGUGACAGUGUCCAAGGACAAUGGAAGUCUAAUGUUUGUGGAAUCCGUGGCAACGGAUGAGGGCAAUUAUGAUUGCCAAGUGGUAGCAAUAUCAACUAAUGAGCUGAAAUUUGUUAGUCCACUGUUUGAUGUCCAAGUGAUUGAACAGUUAAAAUUUAUGCCCAGACCAACAUCGAAGAAUCUGGAAUUGGGUGCAAUGGGGAAGCUCCACUGUAAAGCCCAAGGGACACCAUCGCCACAAGUUAAGUGGCAUAGGGAGGGUCCAUUGGCAAUUGAUGACUCCGUUGAUGACAUCAAUGGCACUCUGAUCUUUAGGAAUGUCACUGCAGAUCACAGAGGGAAUUACAGUUGCACAGCAAAGAAUCGUCAAGGGGAGAUUCAUGCUACAGUCACGAUAAAUGUUGUCAUGUCGCCACGAUUUCUCGUGGCACCGGAGGGUCCUGUUCAGGCAUCUGAAAUGGGAAUAGCAAUGUUUCACUGUCAGGCAAUUGGGGAUCCAAAGCCAACAGUUCAGUGGGACAAAGAUUUGGAGUAUCUCAAUGUGAAUGCAUCUGAAGAUGGUCGUUUUCGUCUUCUGGACAAUGGGACACUAUUUAUAGCUGAGGUACAUCCGGAGGAUGAGGGAAAGUAUGGAUGUACGAUUGGGAAUAGUGCUGGAUUGAAGAGGGAGGAAGUACGAUUGGUGGUUAAAUCUGGUGCGACGGGUGAAGAGACAUCCGAUGGAUUUACUAUCACAAGAGCUGUACUCAUAACAAUGUCCUUUGCUGCUGCUUAUAUUAUUCUCGUGGUGGCUUUGAUGCUUUGGUGUCGGUAUAAGCGUCAGGCCAGGAAGAAUCGAAUGAAUGUGGCGGGGAAGGAAAAUGGCACAGCUGGAACUGGGGAUGGUGGAGUUGAUGCUGAAGGGAGAAAUGGGGAAGUUGAACCAUGUCUGAAGCCUAAGGGUACUAAAAAAGCCAAUGGAGUGGCUAUUGGAGGUGAACACAGAAGUGAUGAUGCUUCUAGUGGACACUCAAAGGGCUCCAAGAAGUCUGGAGAUGAAUUUGAUAAGAUUACUCUAGCACGAUCGAGUCUCUUUGACAUCAUUCCCAUUGGUCGGGGAGAAUUUGGGGAUGUUUUUGUGGGGAAGAUCAAGGAAGGAGCAAUAAGGGUGAUGGAAAAUGGCAAGGUGGAUGCCAAAGUGACGACUGAAAGUGAAAAGAGGCGUUCAAAGACGUCCAUUGAGGAGUUCAAUGAGAUCAAAGUGGAUGAAGAGAAGAAGAAUGAUACUACGUACAAAUUGGUUUUGAUAAAGGCUCUCAAUAAGGUCAAAGAUGAGGCUGUUUGUGCGGAAUUUAAGAGACAAAUUGAUCUAUUUCGUAGUGUUUCCUAUCGUAGUGUAUCUGCCCUUUUUGGGCUGUGCCGUGACAAAGAUCCUCACUAUUUGGUUCUCGAGUAUACCGAUUGGGGUGAUUUGAAGCAAUUUCUCCUGGCAACAUCGGGGAAAACUUCUGGGGCUGAUGAUGAUAAAAAAUCACCACCACCGCCCCUCAAUGUACCACAAAUUCUUACACUAGCCCAUCAAAUUGCCCGUGGUAUGGAUGCCAUCUAUCGGGCAAAGUUCAUUCAUCGGGAUUUAGCUACGAGAAAUUGUGUGAUUUCCAGUGAUUUUCGCGCCAAAAUUUCCUAUCCUGCCCUAAGUCGAGAUAAAUACUCGCGUGAGUACUUUAAGUAUCGCAAUCAGGUGAUUCCUCUGCGAUGGUUAGCUCCGGAAUGCCUUCAGGAUGAUGAUUACUCCACAAAGAGUGAUGUAUGGGCAUAUGGAGUUGUAGUGUGGGAAUUAUUUACGCGAGCAACAGAAAUUCCCUUUGAGAGUCUGUCCAAUGAGGAGGUUUUCGCACAGGCUCAAGCCGGAAAGCUCGAAUGGAGUAUUUCAGAGGCAACUCCUGAAUGCCUAAGGCCCAUUCUAAUGACUUGCUGGACUACGAGUGCUAAGGAAAGGCCAUCUUUCAGUCAGCUCACCGUUGCCCUCGUCAAUGCACUGAAGAACGAAUGCCCCACCAAAGACAGUCAGUAGAGAGACAAACUCUUCCAAUUUAAAACUAUGACAUUAAAGACUUCCGUGACAAAACUUCCAGUGACUAUAAAUUUUCUUCCUCUUGAGUCUUCUUUGAGUGAGAAAGUAGAGAGAACUACACAGAAGGAUUCAUUAGAAAGCUGAAUGUGUGAGUAUAUAUAAUAUAACUUGACCCGAAUUAAUGGAUAAAAACUGCCAUAUAAAUAAUACUUAUCAUAAUAUAGAAGAUAAAGUAAAGAGAGUGAAAUGUUCUUUUAAGAUACUCCUUGUUAAAUUAUUGAGAAAGAAAGAAAAGAGAUAAAUGAGAAAAACUUUUAAAUUUUCUUUUUAAGUUUAGAAAAUUUGCAUUUUGUGAGUAUUAAAAUCAGAAGAAUUUUAGUAAUUGAGAGGUUUUUUGGAAUGAAAUUAAAAAACGUUUCAUGAAAAAUUAUAAUUAUAAAUUUCAAGAAAAUUCAUAUAUAUAAAUAAAACAUUUAUAUUAAAUGCAAGAAAUAUCCAUGAAAAGAAUGUGAAUUGUGAUAAAAUUUUGCUUUUUAACACAACACAUUUUUCUUUUUAACUAAUGUGACAUAGUAUUUUUUUUUUGCAAAAAAGAAAAACAGAAAAAAACAUUGUGAAUGACGUAAAUUGUCUAAUUAAUCGACAUUAAUCUUCCUUAUAGAUGUGACGAUUAUAAAAAAUUUUAUAAAAAUUCUUAAUGAAGUUAUUUCACAUCUUCUCAACGUGCAACUCAAAAUGUGGCUUUCAAAUCUUUUUCUAUUGAUAUUUAAAAUAAGAGAAAAUCUCAUCUCAUUUUUAUAAAAAAUUAAUAAUAAUAAUAAAUUAACAAUAGAUGAAUGAGAAGAAUUGAUGAAAAU